CGGCCCUUCUCUUCUUUUCUUUUUUUUGAGACAGAGUCUCGCUGUGUUGUCCAGGCUGGAGUGCAGUGGCAUGAUCUCAGCUCACUGCAACUUCUAGCUCCCGAGUUCAAGCGAUUUUACUGCCUCAACCUCCUGAUUAGCUGGGACUACAGGUGCGUGCCAUCACGCCCAGCUAAUUUUUGUAUUUUUAGUAGAGACGGGUUUCACCAUGUUGGCCAGACUGGUCUCCAACUCCUGACCUCAAGUGAUCUGCCCACCUUGGCGUCCCAAAGUGUUAAGAUUACAGGCGUGACCCACUGCGCCAAUCCUCAUUGUGUUUAUUUUUUAUUUAUUGAGAUGGAGUCUUGCUUUGUCGUGCAGGCUGAGUGCAGUGGCACCAUCUCUGCUCACUGAAACAUCCGCUUCUUGGGUUCAAGCGAUUCUGCCACCUCAGACUCCAGAGUAGUUGGGAUUACAGGUAUUGCUGGAUGCUGUGCCAAAACAACAGUUGCUCCAUUGGAUCGAGUAAAGGUUUUAUUACAAGCUCACAAUCACCAUUACAAGCAUUUAGGCUAGAGUGCAGUGGCGUGAUCUCGGCUCACUGCAACCUCCGCCUCCUGGUUUCAAGCGAUUCUCCUGCCUUAGCCUCCCAAGUAGCUGGGAUUACAGGAGUAUUUUCUGCAUUGCGUGCUGUUCCUCAAAAAGAAGGAUUCCUUGGAUUGUAUAAAGGAAAUGGUGCAAUGAUGAUUCGAAUCUUUCCCUAUGGUGCAAUCCAGUUUAUGGCAUUUGAGCAUUAUAAAACGUUAAUUACUACGAAGCUGGGAAUUUCGGGUCAUGUGCACAGAUUAAUGGCUGGAUCCAUGGCAGGUAUGACAGCAGUUAUCUGUACUUACCCUCUUGACAUGGUUAGGGUCCGCCUAGCAUUCCAGGUGAAAGGGGAACACACCUAUACAGGAAUUAUUCAUGCAUUCAAAACAAUUUAUGCAAAGGAAGGUGGUUUCUGUGGAUUUUACAGAGGUCUGAUGCCUACUAUUUUAGGAAUGGCUCCAUAUGCAGGUGUUUCAUUUUUUACUUUUGGUACCUUGAAGAGUGUUGGGCUUUCCCAUGCUCCUACCCUUCUUGGCAGACCUUCAUCAGACAAUCCUAAUGUCUUAGUUUUGAAAACUCACGUAAACUUACUUUGUGGUGGUGUUGCUGGAGCAAUAGCGCAGACAAUAUCCUACCCAUUUGAUGUGACUCGUCGGCGAAUGCAAUUAGGAACUGUUCUGCCAGAAUUUGAAAAGUGCCUUACCAUGCGGGAUACUAUGAAGUAUGUCUAUGGACACCAUGGAAUUCGAAAAGGACUCUAUCGUGGUUUAUCUCUUAAUUACAUUCGCUGUAUUCCCUCUCAAGCAGUGGCUUUUACAACUUACGAACUUAUGAAGCAGUUUUUUCACCUCAACUAAAAAAAAAUUAUGGUUGGUUUUUCUUAAUACAUUCUCAGAGGGAGAAAUGAAACAUUACUAUAAUUGUGGGGGGAGCAUUACUUGAAUGGGGAUAUUUACCCUGUCACAGGAGCCACUGGUAUUUUAGUACUUGAUUAUUUUUUCUUUAGUCACAAAUCAGAAGUGCUUACCAUACUUUUUGAUGCCAAACAUUAUACCUUAGAACAUUGAAGAAAAUAUUCCUAAGCUGAUGCUGGCUAAACCGCUUUGAAGUUUUAUUUGGAAGUAGAAUUCGCUUUAAAACGGGGUUCAAGAGGUUGCCAUUAGCUUUGUCAUGCUGUUCAAAGUUUUUAAUUGUUAUCAUGGUUUUUAAAAGACUGACAGUGUUUAUUAUUAUUAAAAUAAGCAGGGUUGGUUAUAUUGCAAUAGAAUAAUGAGAAUUGAAUUUUUAAGUUCUAUAAAACAGCCAGCAUUGACAUUUUAUUUUUGUUAUCUCUCUUCUCACAAUUAUGCUCCACUGGAUAGUAGGAAAAACACUUCUUUCCUUCAUUUUUUAAAUAAAAUUAAUGUUGUAUUUAAAAAGUAGCCAUGUAGAGACACAAAAAUAAAUGAAGAAGCUGGGCAUGGUGGGAUGGGCAUGUGGUCCCAGCUACUCUGGAAGCUGAGGUGAGAGGAUCACUUGAGCCCUGGAAUUCCAUGCCAGCCUAUGCAACAUCAUGAAACCCCGCUUAAUAAAUGAAUGAACGACUAAGUCUUGCUCAAAUGUUAUUACUAGGUACUAUGAGUGACUUAUAUGUGUUUUAAAAUGUCAGUGUGUUUCCCAGAGGCAGAAAUAAAAAUACUGAAUAUCUUUGCUCUUAAAAACAAAGUAGCACUAUAGAUUUGUUUUUGUUAGAUGAUUUGCUCUAUACUAGAAUAUUUAAGUAGACUGUGAAAUAUUUAUUAAUAUAGAUGUGAAUAUCAGAAAAUGUUUCUAAGGUAUUAUGAUGCAUCAACUAGUUCUUCCAUGUAAAAUAAUUUUAGUGCAAUAUGAAGACGUAGAAAUGUAAAAUAUGAUUUGAAUUGUUAUCCUUUAUAUUAAGAAAAUGUUUUAAAAUGUAAGAAUUCCAUUUAUUCUU